CAGCUUUGCUGCUGAACAGAGGUCCAUUGACCAACAAAUAAGCAAGAUGAAGCAAAGAUUCUCGUCUUUGGACGUCAAGGUUAUUACCCGCGAGCUCGCCUCGGAGGUAGUCAAUCUGCGAGUAUCCAACAUUUACGAUCUCUCGUCGAGAAUCUUCCUCUUCAAACUCGCCAAACCCGACCACCGCAGACAACUAAUCAUCGACUCCGGCUUCCGCUGCCAUGUCACGCAAUACUCACGAACAACAGCAACAACACCCUCCCACUUCGUAACCCGUCUCCGCAAAGCCCUGAAAUCGCGCCGCGUGACCUCCGUCCAACAAAUCGGCACAGACCGCAUCAUCGACUUCUCCUUCAGCGAUGGCAUGUACCAUUUAUUCCUGGAGUUCUACGCAGGCGGGAACAUCAUCCUCACCGAUCGCGAGUAUAAUAUCCUAGCUGUGUUCCGGACGGUGCCUGAGGAGGAGGUCCGGGUUGGGUUGAAGUAUACGGUUACCGAUAAGCAGAAUUACCACGGGGUGCCGGAUAUCACGCCGGAGAGAAUUCGGGGGACGUUGGAGAAGGCGCAGGAGGCGUUUGCGAAGGAGGAGGCGGGGCCGAAGAAGUCGAAGAAGAAGGGGGUGGAUGUUUUGAGGAAGGCGCUGUCUCAGGGGUUUCCGGAGUAUCCGCCGCUGCUUCUGGAUCAUGCGUUCGCUGUGAAGGAGUUUGAUUCGGCGACGCCGUUGGCGCAGGUUUUGCAGGAUGAGAGUCUUUUGCAGGGGGUGUUUGGUGUUUUGGAGGAGGCGCGGAGUGUCUCUGAAGAGCUUUCUGCGAAGGAUAGUCAUCCGGGCUAUAUCGUCGCCAAAGAGGAUACUCGACCUGCCGAACCCGCCGCUGAGGACGAGAAUGAAGAACCGAAGAAGCCAGCUUUGCUCUACGAAGACUUCCAUCCUUUCAAGCCCCGACAGUUCGCGGGGAAACAGGAUAUCACGAUUCUGGAAUUCGACCGCUUCAACGCUACUAUCGACGAGUACUUCUCAUCCGUGGAGUCCCAGAAGCUGGAAUCGAGACUCACGGAACGCGAGGAGGCAGCGAAGAAAAAGCUCGAUGCAGUCAAACAGGAGCACCAGAAGCGUCUGGGAGAGCUUGAGAAGGCCCAGUAUCUACAUAUCCACAAAGCAGGUGCAAUUGAGGAUAACGUUUACCGUGUCCAGGAAGCUAUGGAUGCAGUUAACGGCCUGAUCGCCCAGGGAAUGGAUUGGGUGGAAAUUGAACGCUUGGUCGAGAUGGAGCAAGGUCGUGGUAACCCGGUUGCCAAGGUUAUCAAGCUGCCGCUGAAGCUGCACGAGAACACUAUCACUUUGCUCCUGGGUGAAGCGGGAAAUGUUGAAGACGAGGAUGAGAAGAUCUUUACUGAUGAUGAGUCCGAGGAAGAAUCGGAGGAUGAGGAACAGGAGGAGGCUAAAGCUGCGGAGAGGCAGUCUGCGUUGCUGACGAUCGACAUCGACCUUGGUCUUACGCCGUGGGCAAACGCGUCCCAGUACUACGACCAGAAGAAGGUGGCUGCCGCGAAGCAGCAAAAGACGGCUCAAUCGUCUACCAAGGCGCUGAAGAGUCACGAGAAGAAGGUUACUCAGGAUUUGAAGCGUGGGCUGAAGCAAGAGAAGCAAGUCUUGCAUCUCUCUAGAAACCCUUUCUGGUUCGAAAAGUUCCUGUUCUUCAUCUCUUCAGAAGGCUACUUGGUCUUGGGUGGUCGCGACGCCAUGCAAAGCGAAAUGCUUUACCGGCGCCAGCUCAAAAAAGGCGACAUCUUCGUAAACGCCGAUCUGCAAGGCGCUACGCCCAUGGUCGUCAAGAACAGACCCGGAGCUGCCAACGCGCCGAUCCCCCCAAGCACCCUUUCCCAAGCUGGUAACCUCUGCGUCUCUACCUCGAGCGCUUGGGAUUCCAAGGCAGUCAUGCCUGCAUACUGGGUUGAGGCGAGCCAAGUGACCAAGACUGGCCCUGGCGGUAUUGUGCCUACGGGUGAAUUUAUCGUUAAUGGAGAGAAGAACUUUUUGGCUCCGUCGCAGCUUGUUCUUGGCUUUGGUGUGACGUUUCAGGUUAGCAAGGAGAGUCUUCGGAACCAUAAGACUGGGAGAUUUGACACCCCGGAGGUCGCUGAGGGGCUUCCUGCGGCAGAGCCAGUUGAGCGUAAAGAGUUCGUCCAGGAGCAGAUUACAACGGAAGCUCCGAAGGAAGCUGGGGAUGUUAACGGAAAGGAGCAAGAUGUGAAACAAGAACAGGAGCAAGAACAGGAUUCCGAAUUGGAUGAGGAGGAUCAGGAUCAAGCUCCUGCGAAGAAUCCCCUUCAACGCGGACUUUCUGAGGCGCAGAAUGAGCCUGGUAGCCCUGAGCCAGAUGCGAAGGAUGCUGAAGGCGAGGACCAGGAGAACGGAGAGGCGGGACAAGAACCAGAAGAAGAGGGGGCAGAGAACGAAGAGGCCCAAGAUGAGGCAGAGGAACAAGCACCAGAGGCAGAAGAAGAUCAACAACUCUCCGCAAGAGAGCGACGCGCGCUUCGAAAAGGUCAACUCGACUCGCCAGCCCCAGCACCCAAAGGCAAGCCUUCUGCACAGUCUAAACAGCAAGCAGCCAAGCAACCACAUGCUCCUACACGCGGCAAGAAGGCCAAGAACAAGAAGGCCGCAGCCAAGUACGCAGACCAAGACGAGGACGAACGCGAACUCGCACUCCGCGUCCUUGGCGGCAAGAGCGCCAAAACCGAAAAGGCUGAAGCCGCAGCAGCAGCAAAGGAAGCCCGCGAGCGCGAAGCUGAAGCAGCGAAGAAGCGCCGCAAGGCCCAGCACGAACGCGCCGCGGAAGCAGAGCGCAAACGACAAGCACUUUUCGAAGCUGAUGACUACGACGAGGAAACUGCGGCUGCUGAGGCAGCGGACCUUUCCUGGAUCCCGGCCCUUGUUGGCACUCCCCACCCCGAAGAUGAGAUAAUCGCUGCGAUUCCCAUCUGCGCACCAUGGGCCUCUCUGGGCCGCUACAAGUACCGCGUGAAGUUGCAGCCGGGUGCCGUGAAGAAGGGCAAGGCUGUGAAGGAGAUCAUUGGACGAUGGGUAGCGGAGACCACUACCGGGAAGGUGAAGAAGGAACAGGCCGAGGAUCUGGGUCUCAGUCUGGCUGAUGCGGAGAAAUUGCGGACUCGGGAAGGGGAGUUGAUCAAGACGUGGAAGGAGACGGAGAUUAUCAACACGGUGCCUGUGGGUAAGGUGCGGAUUAUGGGGGCUACAGGUGGAGGAGGUGGUGGUGGAGACUCUAAGGGGAAGGGCAAGGGUGGUGAUCCUAAAGGUGCAACCGCGACGAUGACGAACGACCAGACCACCCGAAUCCUCCCCGUCCAACGAUUGAACAUCGAAGGUCCCAAGAACAAGCCUCUUCCAGAAUGGUGGGCGAGUGAGCGCCAGAACAAGACCCCAGAGGCCACGGCCAUCGAAGAGGCAGCAGAACUUCUACGAACGAGCGAUAUCCCCGUUGCGUUUCCCACGGAGACGGUAUAUGGAUUGGGAGCUGAUGCCACGCGGAGUGCAGCGGUGCAGGGGAUUUACAAGGCGAAGCAGAGACCGUCGGAUAACCCGUUGAUCGUGCAUGUGGAUUCCCUGGUGAUGCUGGAGCGUCUGCUCAACCCCGGUAUGAGCGCGGCCGAUACAACCGAUACACCACUCAAGUCGAUUCCCUCGAUCUACCACACGCUGCUCUCGCGUUUCUGGCCGGGUCCUCUUACGGUUAUUCUUCCGAAUCCGUCCGGGUCGUCGUUGGCUAAGGAGGUUACUUCGCAUCUGACUACGUUUGGUGUGCGCAUGCCUGCGUCGCCGUUGGCGCGUCUGUUGAUUCAUGCUGCGGAUAGGCCCUUGGCUGCGCCGUCAGCUAAUGCGUCUACAAAGCCGUCUCCGACGACGGCGCAGCAUGUUCACCAUGACCUUCAGGGUCGGAUUGAGGUCAUUCUCGACGGUGGCCCGUGUGCGGUCGGGGUGGAGAGUACGGUUGUUGAUGGACUAUCAGACCCUCCUGUCAUUCUGCGCCCUGGCGGAAUUGGCAUUGACGACCUACGCCAGUGCGAAGGCUGGGAGAAUGUGCAGAUCGCAUACAACGAUGGCAGUCACGAGGUCAAGGAAGCCCCUCGGGCACCAGGAAUGAAAUACCGCCACUACUCCCCCAAGGCGCGGGUAGUCCUAUUUGAGCCCGAAUGCAGCGAAGAAAAGGUCACCAAGCGCGUGCGCAAGGAUAUGGAAGACAGCGCAGUGGGCUCACACUCAGUCGGAAUCGUGCGCACCCGUCACUGGACACCAGGGCUAGGCCUGUACGAACCCGUGGAGAAAGAAAAGACCCUACAGCGCAUCAAAGAAGCACCUACCGGCAGCUUGGUCAGAUUCUCUGCCCCGCUCAAGGACCAUGUGAAGGAUUGCUUUACAUCGAAGCCGGCAUAUGAUUGCGCGCUGGGGACGGAUAUCGGGCAGAUUGCUCGGGGGCUGUUUGCGGCUUUGCGCGCGAUGGAUGAUGAAGAGGUAGAUGUCAUCUAUGUUGAGGGACUGGUGGCUGAGCAUGGGGAUUUGCAUGCUGCUGUUAUGAAUCGGUUGAGGAAGGCUGCUGGAGCGGAGCUGAAGGUAUAGCGUAGUGGACUACACAUAGAUAUCUGGCAUGGCUUUUUUGUACACAAUUCCUUUUGGCUUUGCUAGUACACUCUCCUCUUAUGUCGCUAUUUACGAGCAAUGAAAUCAAUGCACACGAACUACAGCCUGA